CAGCAGGAAGGCCUGGAUGACGGACCCGACUUCCUGUCAGAGGAGGACAGAGCGCCACGAGCAAUUAGUGUAGAUCUGCAGCCUGAUGCAACUCUGCAGGUUGAUAUAUCUGAUGCCCUAAGUGAGCGAGACAAAGUAAAAUUCACUGUGCACACAAAGAGUUCAUUACCAAACUUCAAGCAGAACGAGUUCUCUGUGGUGAGACAGCAUGAAGAGUUCAUAUGGCUGCAUGAUUCCUUUGUGGAAAAUGAGGAAUAUGCCGGAUAUAUUAUUCCCCCUGCACCACCCAGACCAGAUUUUGAUGCCUCCAGAGAGAAACUGCAAAAACUUGGAGAAGGAGAGGGUUCCAUGACCAAGGAGGAGUUUACCAAAAUGAAACAAGAGCUUGAAGCAGAAUACCUGGCUAUUUUCAAGAAAACGGUAGCAAUGCAUGAAGUCUUCCUUUGUCGUGUUGCAGCUCAUCCUAUCCUUAGAAAAGAUUUAAAUUUUCAUGUUUUUCUGGAGUACAAUCAGGAUUUAAGCGUGAGAGGAAAAAACAAGAAAGAAAAAUUAGAAGAUUUCUUUAAAAGUGUCGUAAAGACAGCUGACGGUGUCAUUGUGUCCGGCACAAAGGAUGUGGAUGAUUUCUUUGAUCAUGAGAGGACGUUUCUUGUGGAAUAUCACAAUCGAGUGAAGGAUUCAAGUGCCAAGUCAGACAAAAUGACAAGAUCCCACAAAUGUGUUGCAGAUGACUAUAACAGAAUAGGAUCUUCAAUGUACACACUGGGAACACAGGACAAUACUGACAUAUGCAAGUUUUUCUUAAGAGUGUCUGAAUUGUUUGAUAAUAAAACUCGUAAAAUUGAAGCCCGAGUAUCAGCAGAUGAAGACCUGAAGCUUUCAGACCUCCUUAAAUAUUAUUUAAGAGAAUCACAAGCUGCUAAGGAUCUCCUCUACAGAAGAUCUCGCUCUUUGGUAGAUUAUGAAAAUGCCAAUAAAGCAUUAGAUAAAGCCAGGGCUAAAAACAAGGAUGUGUUAUCAGCGGAAACCACUCAGCAGCUUUGCUGUCAGAAGUUUGAAAAAAUAUCUGAAUCUGCAAAACAAGAACUGAAUGAUUUCAAAACCAGAAGAGUGGCUGCUUUCCGUAAAAAUCUAGUAGAGCUGGCUGAACUGGAACUAAAGCAUGCCAAGGGUAAUUUGCAGCUGUUGCAAAGUUGCUUGGCUGUGUUAAAUGGCAAACCAUAA